AUCGUUUCCAAAAGAAUUCAGACAACUGAAUCACCACGUCUCUUUAUUCCGAUCCAAAACCCUAAAAAUUCCCCCAAAUCAUCAUCAAAAUAUCGCAAGAGAUUGUUGCCGCCGGUUAGGGAAUGCAGAAAGAUGAGAGGAGAUUCGCUGCUGUCUAACGGUGGCCGCGCUAAAAAACCAAUCACCGGCAGAAACUGCCACCGUAAACACGUCGAAGACGGGUGACCUAAUCGUUCAUAAACGGUUACAAAACUGUGGUUAGUUUCUAUUCUCUAGACUAGCACAAGUAAUUUACAUAUGGCGGUUGAUAACGGAAUCAACGGCGUACUACACGGAAAGUACGAGCUCGGACGUCAGUUAGGGCACGGAACGUUCGCGAGGGUAUACCACGCGCGUAACGUGCAUACCGGUACACACGUGGCAAUGAAAGUUGUUACAAAAGAGAAGGUGAUUAAGGCCGGCAUGAUGGAGCAACUUAAGCGCGAGAUCUCCGUGAUGAAGAUGGUUCAACAUCCGAACAUCGUUGAGCUACACGAAGUGAUGGCGAGUAAAACGAAGGUGUAUUUCGCUUUGGAGCUUGUCAAAGGUGGAGAAUUGUUUUCGAAAAUUGAAAAAGGAAAGCUGAGAGAAGAAGUUGCUAGAAGCUAUUUCCAGCAGCUGAUCUCCGCCGUUGAUUUCUGCCAUAGCCGUGGUGUGUUUCAUCGAGAUCUAAAGCCAGAAAAUCUGUUGUUAGAUGAAGAAGGUUGUUUGAAAAUUACAGAUUUCGGUUUAAGUGCUUUUUCCGAUCAUGUUAAACACGACGGGCUUUUGCACACCACGUGUGGAACUCCGGCGUAUGUAGCACCGGAAGUCAUCGGACAAAAAGGAUACGACGGAGCAAAAGCUGAUAUCUGGUCAUGUGGAGUUAUUUUAUACGUGCUCCUCGCCGGAUUCUUACCGUUUCAAGACGAUAACGUCGUCGCGAUGUACCGGAAAAUCUACCGUGGCGAUUUCCGGUGUCCGCCGUGGUUUUCUUCCGAUGCACGUAAACUAAUCACAAAAUUACUAGAUCCAAAUCCUGAUUGUCGAAUCACAAUCGAUAAAAUCAUCGAAUCUCCAUGGUUCAAAAAACAAGCUCCAAAAAAAUUCGUCGAAAGUAAAAACGACGUCGUAAAUAUGAAAUGUAAGGAAUCCGAAACGCUAAACGCGUUUCAUAUAAUAUCGUUAUCGGAAGGUUUCGAUCUAUCGCCGUUGUUUGAAGAGAAAAAACGAGAAGAGAAGAAGGAGAUUCGUUUUGCGACGGUGAAACCGGCGGAGAUGCUGGUGGCGAAGCUGGAAGCGGUGGCGAAGGCGAUGAAGUUUAGUGUGAAGAAGAGUGGAGAUGAGAGGAGUUUGAGGAUGCAGGGGGAUGAGAUUGGGAGGAAAGGGAGGUUGGGGAUAGAGGCGGAGAUAUGGGCGGUGGCGCCGUCGUUGGUGGUGGUGGAGGUGAAGAAAUCUAGCGGUGAUACGCUGGAGUAUGACCAGUUCUGUAGGAAGGAGCUCCGGCCGGCGUUGAAGGAUAUUGUGUGGACGUCCGGUGAUGAGUCGACUCGGUUGUAGUUAAUUUAAUUUUAAUGAUUGUUCGUGAUUUCCAUAUUAUUAUAUUGGAUUCAUGAAAUUAUUGUGGUAGUGAAUCUUUUUAUCGUGUCUAGUGGAAUGGUUGGAUGUUUUGUUUUUUUAUCUCUUUGUUUUUUUAGAUGUAUAAUCAAUCUGUAAGAUAAUGUUUUCAGUUUGUUUUACUUGAUUGUAUACAUCAUCAACUUAAGUUGGAAGUAAUAAAUUAAGUUGUCAUGA